AUGGAAGUGAAUACGUUCCGGGAGCAAACCCUCCACCUGCUCGAGAGAAUAGCACAGUCUCAGACAGCCCUAGAAAAGCGCCUCGCCACGAUGGAAACAAUGCUCUCCCACCACGAUACGCAGCCGCCGCAACACCCAACCUUUCCGCAAUUCCGUCAGCUGCCUCCCGAACUACGACUUCGAGUCUGGUCCCUCGUCGCCGUACCUUCACGCGUCCUCCGUCUAGACGCACGGGACGGGAAGAAAACCAAGUCGAACAAAUCAUCUUCGUCACCGCCGCUUUUACGCCCGCCCGCCAUCGCCGGAGCGUGUCGUGAGUCGCGGGCCGUGGCGACGAAGCAUGGGGCGCUGGCGAGACUCACGUAUGAAGGGAGUGAGACGGGUAAAGGAGGCAGGACGCGGUGUUAUUGGUUUGACGGGGACCGCGACGUGCUUGAGUUGGACAGCUGGGUUGACGUCGAGGGAGACGAGCCGCGAGGGAUCAGGGAUCUCGUGCAGAGGGCGCGGCAUGUGCUUGUUGGUCGCGCUGAGGCGGAGUGGUAUGCCCGUCUAUUCGAGCGCGGGGCGCUGGUGAAGCGCGUAAGUUUGAAGUUUGAUGCGUUGGGUGUGCGGUGUAGUACGCAUGGCUGGGACGCCGUCAGAUGUAUGUUUGGCGGCGGCGGCGGCGGCGAAGCUGAGACUUCUAUCGUCGUUACGGACUUGGAGGACGCGGAUGAGAUUGCGCGUGUGAAGAGCGUGCUGGGCUCUGGGUGGCGGAACCCGGUGUUUUUGGAGUUUGAUCUGGAGCUCUGGGCCAGGAGCGGGACGGAGAGGGUUGGACGGGCUGUGAGGGAUGACAAGUGGAUGAGGAGGUUGAAUGGUACUUGGGCGAGUGAGGUUGCGAGGGGGUGGGUUAUGGCUCAGGCUGGGGCGUCUAUACCAGGAAAAGAGGGCAAAGAAACGAAGGAUUUACGACCAGGGGAGGGCGUUGCGAUGGUGAUGAGAGACUUGGAAGCCUCGGAGACGAAGAAACGCAUUGCGAGGGCAGCGGCUUUGGAUGUCGAAGACAGAUUUGUGAGGGAGGCGCUUCUGGGUAUGCCCGAAGUCAGGUUUGUGAGAGCUUUUUGUCGUGAUGAAGACUACGAUACCUGCCAUUCAUAG